CUCAUGUAUUUGACCCAGGUGUACUGGUUGGUUCCCAGACUACAGGUACCUGUAUAACCACUGUCCCGGCCCAGAGUGGAACGUCAUGUGUCCGGGCUGCUGUGAGUACGACGUGAUCCGCUGUAAGUGUCCCCUCCAGGGCACCCCCGUUGGCUACGCUGUGCCUUGCUGCCGCAACGUCCUCAACAAGUGUGACCCCUGCAUCAUCCACCCAGGUAAACCUGUCCAACACACCACCAUGCUGGCUCAAAACCUGGGGAGUCCAUCCAUUUUGGUUAUUUUACCAUUCUGGUAAACCCGUGGAGGACUGGUUGAAUGCAUUCCUGCACGCUGUGUAUUCGAUUUUAUUGACAACAACAUGGUCAGAUACAUUAUGCCUUGGUGCUGGAUUUGUUAAUACAUGUUUAAUUUGCAAAAAUACACAGUAUAGGAGGCCAUUCUACCAGUACAUUUCUGAAAUGUCUGCCACUACAGUACCCGUUAGAUCCAGCUUAAUGUCUUGACUGAUGUUGUAGUCUCUGUGCCAUCUGCCUCCAAGGCUCUGUUAUAAGCCUGGCAGACAUACAAGAGCGGUGAGUUUGUGUCAGCUAGAGUGAAAUGCAGUGAGUUUAGGCCAACAACAUUAGAGAGCGAUGCCUAAUCCCGAUUAUUUUCCAGAAAAUUUACUUUCGUUAAGUGCAUCCCUCUGUCGUGGAAAUUACCACCAGGGACACCUGAAGUAAAUCUUAAAUGAAUCAUUCUUUAUUAACAGCAAGCUGGAGAGGUUCCAAAAAAACUAAAUGCACCAUAGUACACGUCGGUCGGGAGCUCCCCCGGGCAGUCCCGUUAGUUCUCUUAUAUACUGCUUACACAGACAAGUUCUAUUUCCAUGAUUUAGCUUAUUCAUUAUUCAUAAUAAAUUCACCAUUAACGUUUGGACCGACCAAUACCUCACGAGCAUUGCUUAAUUUGAGAUGGAUCCUGUUCCGGCAGGAGCCACCUGUCCGUUUUGGACUGUUUUAUUCCGUAACCUAUUUGGCCGAAUCCGGUACCUCUCGUGGCAUGAAAAAUAAUUUUCACUUUUUGCAAUGGAAAAAUACAAGCGAUCAAAAUUCAUUUGAGUUGCCUCUUAAUUAAUUCUACUGCCCCCACACAAAAAACGUCAUGUGAAAAAGUUGAUUUUCAGCUCGGGCCGGCCCAACCCAAAUCAACUCAUAGAAUAUUAGGCCCGGGCUGAAAAUCAACUUUUUCACAUGACGUUUUUUGUGUGGGGGCAGUAGAAUUAAUUAAGAGGCAACUCAAAUGAAUUUUGAUCGCUUGUAUUUUUACAUUGCAAAAAGUGAAAAUAAUUUUUCAUGCCACGAGUUUAUGGUUUGCGCAACAUUAUAACCUGUGUUUGAGACCAAUGCGUUGCGGUGGCUGUGUGAGAAGCGCGCCAGUAUCUCUCACAUAACUAGAAUGAGAUUCACUUUCUAUGAUCUCUCUCCCUCUCUGCUCUGAUAGAUAUGACACUGCAACUCUCCAGCGUUGCACUUCAUCAUUUAUUUCCUUAUAGAAUCAUAGCUGCACAAAGGGUUCUAGAGGAACUGCAGCACCCCUGAUAAAUUGAAAAACAUUUGCCAAAGUUAUAGAAUUACUGCUGUCUGUUCAGAAAUAAAUGAAAUAAUUCAGAAUAGCUUACUACACCACGAGAAGCCCUAUAAUUUAGCCACAGAGGAUCAAUAGCUUCUUUUUUUUAAAUAGCCUAGCUGUGGAUUGUAGCCCAAUAACAAGGAAUAGCCUACAGUAGGGGACCACGUGGCAAAUCUGUCAGUGAAAAAACAGCACGCAGACAAAACAGGCCUUUCACAAUAUUUCAAAUACAAUGGAGGGAAAACACAGGUUGGAAAGCAAUGACUCCUGCUGAAAAGAGAAGACUCUAUGCUGUAGGCUACCAAAAUAUUUGAUCAACUUCCAAAUAUUGUUUUACAAAAGAGAGAGAGAUAGGCUUUUGGCACAAGCAUAUCGACAAUCACCAGCAAGUGAUUGAGUCAGUGAAACUGGAAAGCAUUUUUAGGACUAUAAUUUCCUCCUCAUAUUGUAGCCUACAAUAUGUGUCUCCACACACCUAGGCCUAGGCUAUUGAUGGAUUUAAGACAAGGUCGUUUUUAUUGAUCUCAGAUUCUCAGUUUGUCAGUGUCAAAGUAGCCUGCCAUUUCGAUCAUUUGUGCAUUAUUAAAAAAAGAUUCUGCCAAAGUCUCCAGUAAAAUGACGUAGAAUUGCAUGAAAUGCGUUUUUAAAAGGCCAACAUUUUCCCGGACCCUAGGCUACUAAAAAUACUCUACUCUACUCUACUGCUCUAUGCCACUACGCAAAUGCGAUGAUAUGCAUGCAAUGCUUUAUUAUAAAGGUGAUUUUUUUCUUAUGUGUUCCGGUACCUCAGAAGUCCCCAGGUCACCGCCCUCUUGCGCUCUUUUUUAUUUCCGGCACCUCCCGAUUUACAAAUUAAGCACUGCUCACAAGGCUUCUUCUCUCCAAGCUGAGACCUUGAAACUGAUACACCCCUUUCGGUCUCAAAACAAUGUUCUGGGAUAAGAGAAAACAGAUUGCUGAAAAGGCACAAUGCGUAGUUAUAAUAUUUCACCACAAGAUUAUUAUUGACCUAUGGGAAUAUGCUAAUACUUUCUCUUUAUAUAUUCUUAAUCUGCUUCAUUUUCACAUCAGAUGUACUCCUCUGCCUGAACUAUUUUUUUAUUUGUCAUUUUAGCAGACACUCUUAUCCAGAGCGACUUACAGUUAGUGAGUGCAUACAUUAUAUAUAUAUUUUUUCAUACUGGCCCCCCGUGGGAAUCGAACCCACAACCCUGGCGUUGCAAACGCCAUGCUCUACCAACUGAGCUACAUCCACACUAUUGACACACAUACACACGCACGCGCAUCCCUUUCCACCCUGAGUGUACUGUAUGUAGACGGUGGAGGAGACAUGGUAAAGUCAUGUGAUGUUUACACUGAUACCUGUUGGUGUUAAUAUGUCCUGCUGCUGUAUCACUGACGUCCAUAUCCCUGUCUCCCAGCUUGUCCUCAGGAUGUCUGCACUGCAGAGCACCACAGAACCCCAAAAGUGAAAAUACAUCCGAAACUCAGUCCUUCUGGGGGUUUUCUGGACAUUUAUAUUUCAGGAAGCACAAAUGUGUUUUUGCUGUUCUGUUACCCUGUUACAGUGAAUGAGGAGCCUGAUGAGUUUAGCAGGUCUGAGGUAAAGAGCAAACAGGCACUAAGGGGAAUACAGUAGAGGUAUGUGGCCGAUUUGAACCGAACAGUCAUUGGGAACGGUCAAACCAAAACUGUGACUGAAUGCAUCACACUUAUGGUGAAGAGGUUUUAGACAUUUCAGUGUUCAGUCAGCACUAUGUAACCUCUCUCUCUUUGUCUCUUUCUCCCCGCAUUCACCCUCUUUCUUUUAUUUUCUCUCCUCUCUCUCUCAUAGGUUGCAGCAUAUUUGAGAACUGUAAGCAGUGUAACAAUGGGACAUGGGGGCCCAGAGAUGAUUUCUUCAUCAAGGGGAAGUACUGUGCUGAGUGUCGUCCCGGCUGGUCAGGCGGUGACUGCUUGAGUUAGUUCACUCCUUCUCCCAUAUACCUCUACCCACAUUACCUCCCACCAUUGUUACGGGUAAAACUCACCCUUAACCAAAGAUCUAGGAUCAGUUUACCUUAUUCCCCCAGUUCUAACCAAAACCAUUAGGGGGAUGAAAGAAUAUCUGACCCUGUAUCAGGGUUAUAGGCAACUUCUCAUAGCUUCCCUUCCAUGCCUAUAGGCACAUACCAUCUACCUACAAACCAAUUAUACUGAACAAAAAUAUAAACGCAACAUGCAACAAUUUCUAAGAUUGUACUGAGUUACAAUUAAUAUAAGGAACAGAUAUGCAUCUGUUGGUCACAGAUACCUUAAAAAAAGAGGUAGGGGCAUGGAUCAGAAAACCAGUCAGUAUCUGGUGUGACCACCGUUUGCCUCAUGCAGUGUGACACAUCUUCUUCGCAUAGAGUGGAUCAGGUUGUUGAUUGUGGCCCGUGGAAUGUAGUCCCACUCCUCUUCAAUGGCUGUGCGAUAUUGGCGGGAACUGGAAAACGCUGUCGUAAAUGUCAAUCCAGAGCAUCCCAAACAUGCUCAAUGGGUGACAGUUCUGGUGAGGCCAUGGAAGAACUGGGACAUUUUCAGCUUCAGGAAUUGUGUACAGAUCCUUGCGACAUGGGGCAGUGCAUUAUCAUGCUGAAACAUGACGUGAUGGCGGCGGAUGAAUGGCAUGACAAUGGGCCUUAGGAUCUCGUCACGUUAUCUCUGUGCAUUCAAAUUGCCAAUGAUAAAAAAAUGCAAUUGUGUUAGUUGUCCAUAGCUUAUGCCUGCCCAUACCAUAACCCCACCACCACCACCAUUCACAACGUUGACAUCAGCAAACCGCUCGCCCACAUGACGCCAUACUGUGGUUGUGAGGCCGGUUGGACGUACUGCCAAAUUCUCUAAAAUGACGUUGGAGGCGGCUUAUGGUAGAGAAAUUAACAUUAAAUUCUCUGGCAACAGCUCUGGUGGACAUUCCUGCAGUCAGCAUGCCAAUUUCACGCUCCCUCAAAACUUGAGACAUCUGUGGCAUUAUGUUGUGUUACAAAACUGCACAUUUUAGAGUGGCCUUUUAUUGUCCCCAGCACAAGGUGCACCAAUGUAAUGAUCAUGCUGUUUAAUAAUCUUCUUGAUAAGCCACACCUGCACAUUUUAGAUGGAUGGAUUAUCUUGGCAAAGGAGAAAGCCUCACUAACAGGGAUGUAAACAAAUUUGUGCACAACAUUUUAGAUAAAUAAGCUUUUUGUGCAUAUAGAGCAUUUCUAGGAUAUUUUAUUUAAGCUCAUGAAAUAUGGGACCAACACCUUACAUGUUGCAUUAUAUUUUUGUUCAGUGUACUAUAGGACGUUUUGCACAACUGUAUGUUGGGUGGAUGAAAGCUAAAUGCCUCAGGGUUUUUUCAUUAAAUGAGCUGAAAUUACAAGUCAAGACAUUGUUAAUCAACAUCCUGGAAUCUCACAAUACAAUUUGAUAUGUCAUGUCUGGAGUAUAGCUUUUACAAUAUGCAAAUAACUAAAUGUGCUGUGAGGCACAGGUAGAAAGACUUUUCAUCAACAGCAGAAACUUGGCAUGUAUUUACAGCUCUUGGCCGCAGGCCUGUGGUUUCUGCGUAUUUAAUUUUUUUAUUUGCUAUCUAGAACCUAAACAUGUUCUUCAGCUGUCCCCAUAGGAGAACCCUUUGAAUAACCCUUUUUCGUUCCAGGUAGAACCCUUUACACAGAGGGUUUUACAUGGAACCCAAAAGAGUUCUAACUGGAAUCAAAAAGGGUUCUCCUAUGGGGACAGCCGAAGAACCGUUUUGGAAUCCUUUUUUCUACGAGUGUAUUUCAUUUUGUUACUAUAUAACUGGUAACCAACAUGCAAUUCCUCAACUCUACAAGACAAUUACAUACAGUAUAAUUUGUGAACAUUUCUAAAAACAUAAUUCCACUUUGACAUUAUGGGGUAUUGUGUGUACUGUAGAUCAGUGCCUUCAGAAAGUGUUCACACCACUUGACAUAUCCACAUUUUGUUGUUGGAUUAAAGUGGAUUUAAUUGUCAUUUAUUGUCAAUGAUCUAGUGGAAUAUAUAUAUAUAUAUAUAUAUAUAUAUAUAUAUAUAUAUAUAUAUAUAUAUAUAUAUAUAUUUUUUUUUAAGUAUAUGAAUUUUUACGCUAAUAUAUCUUAAUUAGAUGCUGAGUCAAUACAUGUUAGAAUCACCUUUGGCAGCAAUUACAGCUGUGAGUCUUUCUGGGUAAGUCUCUAAGGGAUUUGCACACCUGGAUUGUACGAUAUUGUCCCAUUAUUCUUGAAAAAAUUGUAAAAGCUCUGUCAAGUUGCUUGUUAAUCAUUGCCAGAAAGCCAUUUUCAAGUCUUGCAAUACAGUUUCAAGCCAAUUUAAAUCAAAACUGUGACUAGGCCACUCAGGAACAUUCAAUGUUGUCUUGGUAAGCAACUCCAGUGUAUUUUGCCUUGUGUUUUAGGUAAUGGUCCUGCUGAAAGAUGAAUUUGUCUCCCAGUGUCUGUUGGAAAGCAGACUGAACCAAGUUUUCCUCUAGGGCCUUGCCUGUGCUUAGCUCUAUUCCGUUUAUUUUUAUCCAAAACAAAACUCCAUAGCCUUUGCCAAUGACAAGCAUACCCAUAACAUGAUGCAGCCACCACCAUGCUUGAAAACACAGUCAUGUGUUGGAUUUGCCCAAAACAUAACGCUUUGUAUUCAGUAUUACUUUAGUGCCUUAUUGCAAAUAUUUUUAUUGUGUACAGGCUUCCUUCUUUCCACUCUGUAGUUUAUGUUAGGGCUGUGGAGUAACUACAAUGAUGUUGAUCCAUCCUCAGUUAUCUCCCAUCACACCCAUUAAACUCUGUAACUGUUUUAAAAUCACCACUGGCCUUAUGGUGGAAUCCCUGAGCGAUUUCCUUCCUCUCCGGCAACUGAGUUAGGAAGGGCGCCUGUAUCUUUGUAGUGACUGGGUGUAUUGAUACACCAUCCAAAGUGUAAUUAAUAACUGUACAAUGCUCAAAUGGAUAUUCAAUAUCUGUUUGUUUUUCUACCAAUAGGUGCCCUUCUUUGCGACAGAUUGGAAAACCUCUCUGGUCUUUGAGGUGGAAUCUGUGCUUGAAAUACACUGCUUGACUGAGGGAACUUACUGAUAAUUGUAUGUGUGCGGUACAUAGAUGGGGUAGUCAUUAAAAAAUCAUGUUAAACACUAUUAUUGCACACAGAGUGAGUCCGUGCAACGUAUUAUGUGACUUGUUAAGCACAUUUUUACUCCUGUACUUACUUAAGCUUGCCAUAACAAAAUGGUUGAAUACUUAUUGACUCAAGACAUUUCAGGUUUUCAUUUUUAAUUAAUUUGCAAACAUUUCUAAAAACAUAAUUCCACUUUGACAUUAUGGGGUAUUGUGUGUAGAACUGCGUCACAAAAUCUCAAUUGAAUCCAUUUUAAAUUCAGGCUGUAACACAACAAAAUGUGACCGACCGGCUCAAUUUGGUCUUAUGUAGCAACAUUUGAAAUUGUGUUUUUUACAUUGGAUAAAAGUAAAGACUCAGAACUAGACAAUGGUAUAUCAUACACUACAGUUGAGGAACAAUGGGGAAGUAAUUCUGCUUUGAAAGUUGAUACAUUUGUAACCUCACUUUUGAGAAAAUGCCCCUUGAAUGUUUUGGUAAACCUACUGGAGAGCUCUUCUUUGUCUACACCCAUUCAGCAUUGUUCACACCCUCUUAAGCCUUAGCCCCACCCAUCUCUUUAAGGAUUCACAUGUGAGGCCAUGUACCAAACAAUCAAAGAUUUCAAGACUAAAGGCUGGUAUAUACUACGUCUAUUGACAGUUGUCGCAGUGACAUCAUUCUAUUGUCAUCCGACAUCAAACUUGUCGUUGUUGUUAUGAAAAAGUAUAAACACCAAAACUACAGGCUGCAUGACAUCAGCAGCCUGGUGGUCCAAAAUAGCAUAACUAGUGUUAUUUAACACCAAGAAAUCCACCUGUUAAAAAAUGUAUUUAGUAUAUUUCAAUCUAGCAAACCAGGCAACUAAAAGCAACUUUAUAAACAAUGUUUUGGUUAAUUUCUAGCUUGUUAGCUAGCUAGCUAAUGUUAAGUUAGCUGGCUAGCCAGUUCAAAUAAUGACCAUAUCAUAUAGCUGACAACGUCCUCACUUUAGCUCAUUUCUCUUCAUUAUUACAGAAAAAUAAACUCACUACAAGAUCAUUAUUUACAAGUUAAUGGCAAGCCAAUUACAGAAAAUAGCUUACGGGUAUGAGUGUGACAGAAUAAAAGCAGGGCAUUCUACCGGAUAAUUUUUUUACUUGGACACUGUCUAGUUGUCCUAAUUUGACUUUGGUGCAGUUCUUCACAUUACCGUCUCUGGUAAACACAUACUAUAUCAAAUAAAAUAAAAGUUGGUUUGUCACAUGCACAGGAUACAGAAGGUGUCGUGAAAUGGUUACUUGCAUAGUAGAGUCUUUUGUUUAGACAUAUAGCUAGCUAGCUAGCUAGCUAAAUAAUGAACCAUAAUCCCAACUCAUAACAUUACUAACCUGCAUGAAUCUGAAGGUAGCUAAUCAACCAUGUUCAAUGUUACCUAGCUAGCUAACAUUAGGCUAUAACUAGCAAUGCAAAUGGCUCUGAGAUACGAAUAAUAUUACUACACAGAUCAUACACGCAACAUUAGCUAACGAGCCAGCCAGCUAAUGUUAGCUAGCUAGCGACUUUCUGACAAAAUUAGAAAUGUAUAAUAUCUGAAAAUGUAGCUAGCUAGACUACCUUACCCAUAUACAUGGAUGGACGAUCCUCCCUCUCUGUCAUGGAUGCCAUGGUUGCCCUUAGUUUGAAGAUGUAAUCCGGAGACAGGUGUUUUAUACAACAGCCUUCUGUGUGUUCUUUUUUUGACUCCCUCUGCAUAUUUGCAAUCAAGUAGCAGAAUUUUCUCCAUAUCCUUAGCUAUCAUACUCUAAAAAAGUUUAAGUUCAAAUGCCUCUCCUGUGAAAUACUGAGGCGUGUCAUAUGCCUAGUUUCCUGAAACGAGUCAAUAAUGUGGAAAAAGUCAAGGGGUUUGAAUACUUUCUGAAGGCACUGUAUGAGCUACACAAUACAAUGAUUCAUUUAUAAUGAAUGGAAACUGGCCAAAUUAUGUUUCAAAUGAGCAAUUAGUAUGCUGUCUUAAAGUAACAUAUAAUUACAUCAAGAAAUGAAAAGCCCAUUGCAUUGCAUCAUUAUGUAAAGUGUGAGCUCUGAGUGGUUCUGUUCCUGUUUACAGAGUGUGGAGGAGUGAUCCGUAAACGUCAGGGCCACAUAGUUCUGGAGAGUUACCCCACCAACGCUCAUUGUGAGUGGACCGUUCAGGUGGACCGACCAUUCACCAUCGACUUCAGGUGGGUGUGACCAACCGUGUAUUUGACCUGGGUUGUCUCUAAACCUCAAGACCGAGUUAGUUCACUGAGCUAAAGCCUGGUGUCGCUAAAUGACAGCUAGUUCUAGCUAGUCUAGCAUUGUGAAACAAUAAGUGUCACUUAGUCAUAAUUUCCUCUGACAUGAAAGGGCUAGACUUUGGCCUCUCUGGUGACCAUCUGUAAUAGUUAUUAAUACUUGAACCAUUUAAGACUAAUUUAAUUUCAGUUUUCACAAUUCUGUGAGAGGUAUUUCAUGGACCAAUGUCUAGACGAAGGUUGGAACCACUCCUAGUAUUGAGGAAAAGUCCUUGCAUUUCAUUUAUGUGAUAACUUUCAUUUUUUCCCAAAAUACAUACAACUUUUUUACAGGCAAGCAUUUAUUUGAGGGCUUUUACGAUAAAAAAAAGCCACAUUGAAUAUUGAACUGCAUUCAGUCUGUUGGCAAAUACGUAGUACAUAGAGUAAUAGCUUUGUGUGUUAAAAUAAACAGAUCCAUAGUAAAUAAUGUUAAACUACACAACCAUGACAAGCUCAGACAGCCAGGCCAAAUCCAUGAUCAGAUGACAAAUGGAUCUGCAAGCACAGUAAAUAAAUAAAACUGGUUUCCAGGCCCGCUUUGGGCUAGUCACACAACAUGGUCUAUCGACAGAAAGAGAUUGAUGAAACAUCUCCAAGUGAAGAAAUAAGGCCUCAUACUGCUGUUUUCCGUCUUUUAUGACAUACAAGCCACAGAAACCAUAAAUGAAAUAGUGCUCCUCUCUGUUUCAUGUUGCUCUGCUCAUAGUUGGACUAAUGGAAAGUUAUGAGUUUUGGCAUCAGCCAGCGAAACCUUACUGGCAGGGCCAUCUUGUAUUUAUUACUCACUACUCUUGUCUACAUCCCUCUUAUUUAUUGCCGUACUAAUGAAUCUCACUUCACGCUCCACACAGGCAACAACACACUUAGCGAGUUACACAACAACACACGCUGCACGCCAAAACUUUUAAGGCAUAAGAUUUUCCUGAAAACAAAAACCCAGGGCCGAUUAGCACAAGCCCCCUUGACCUAAGAGACUUUGAUAACACUGGGGGAACUUGGUAUUGUGACAAAGUCUGAUUUAAAAUAUGAGGUAAAAUUAUCCUUUGUAUGUCGAGCCAAAGAUCUUAAAUCUACCAAUAUAGAGCCAGGAGAUAUUCCUUGUUCUUUUUCCUCUUGUUCUGUAAGAGCUGACUGUAAACUCACACUCCUCUAUCCAAAUCCUUGUUUUCUGUAUUCCCUGUACUGUUUCCAGCUGGUAUCACUCACUGUGCUGUCCCACCACAAAACCAAGCUUGUUAAUUAAAAGGACAUAUACCAAUACGUUUUUCUCACCAAUUAUCCUAUUCACUUUAACUCUCAUUAAAACAGGUCCCAAAGCCACACAAACCUCUGGAUGACCUUAUAUUCACAGAGAAUGCUGACGAAGCGUGGUGGGAGUUGACAUCAGUGUAUUCACCAAUCAUACUAUUUAGCUUGGCAGUGUGACUUUUUUAGUUAAUAAGCGAUAAUACAUCAAUUACAUUUCAACAACUCACAAUCAAUCACUUACAAUCAGACCAGUGUUAAUACAAUCAAUCACACACAUGUACGUUUGCUUAUGAUCACUGAUUCUAAAGAAUGAGAUGAGAUGUUUACGGGCAUCAAACACACAUACCAUUCAUUUGUCACUGGGUUCAAAAUAUUCAAGGUACUUAAACUGUUUGGAUAUCUACUCUGAUGGAAAUCUGUGGGGAUCCAGAUUGAGUGUUAAGUGCAAAUUUACUCUUAAAGUUAGGGUGAACACGUCAAGUAUCCCUAAGAUGUUUCUAAUAGUGCUAAAGCUUGACUAUUAAUAUAGCAUCUGUUUUCUAUAUCUGGACUUGUGUUAACUCAAACAUCCGUUCUUGUAAAAAUGUAUGUCUAAAAUAUGUUCUGUUUUUGCUGCCUGUGUCACUAACAAUUGUGACGUCAUAUCUUACAUUUUUCAUCUUAGCUCAAGUGCAUUAUUGUCCCAUUAGUUCCAUACAGUAACAAUUGUAGCUUUGUUGCCUCAAAUUGGACAGCAUUAGACUCAGCCAUGAUCUCAGCUGAAAGCCUUGCAGAUGUCUUUUUUAUAACGACUCUGAUUUUUUUUUUUUGCAUUGAUCUCUUUCACAGGCAAGAGAAGCAGAAAAAAGGUGACUGUAUAAAAAAGUACUCAUGAGUGUUACCUUGGUGAAAAGACACAAUAUCCAUAAUAGAUUUUGCUUCCAACAGAAUGGGAGGAAAUUAAUAAUCACUGUUCCAAUCACUACUGCUGGCUAGUAAAAGAGUCAGGGGUGUGAGAUGGUGCCAGCCAGGUUGGCAGAGCCAGGAAAGCCAGGUAGGUGCUCCCUCUCACGGUUGCUCCAGGAAAACAAGGGCUCUAGCAGGAAAGAAAGAUAAUAGUCUCCCUACUCAGAGAGGAAAGGGGGCAACAACGUGCAAUAACAUGCAAUUUACAUCAUGUUUACCAUAUAUACCAAGUGAGAAACCUCUUAAUUGGUUUUAUAUGGAAAAUCCAGGCCCGGCUACUGCAAUGAAAACUUUCUGGCUGGAAUAAACAGAGGAGUGACUGGAUGACGGAAUGGAGACAACUCCGCUGUGUCCUCCUCCCAGAGUGCGAAGAGCCUAGGCGUGACCCUGGACAACACCCUGUCGUUCUCCGCCAACAUCAAGGCGGUGACCCGCUCCUGCAGGUUCAUGCUCUACAACAUUCGGAGAGUGCGACCCUGCCUUACACAGGAAGCGGCGCAGGUCCUGGUCCAGGCACUUGUCAUCUCCCGUCUGGACUACUGCAACUCGCUGUUGGCUGGGCUCCCUGCCUGUGCCAUUAAACCCCUACAACUCAUCCAGAAUGCCGCAGCCCGUCUGGUGUUCAACCUUCCCAAGUUCUCUCACGUCACCCCCCUCCUCCGCACACUCCACUGGCUUCCAAUUGAAGCUCGCAUCCGCUACAAGACCAUGGUGCUUGCCUUUGGAGCAGUGAGGGGAACGGCACCCCUGUACCUUCAGGCUCUGAUCAGUCCCUACACCCAAACGAGGACAUUGCGUUCAUCCACCUCUGGCCUGCUGGCUCCCCUUCCUCUGCGGAAGCACAGCUCCCCCUCAGCCCAGUAAAAACUGUUCGCUGCUCUGGCACCCCAAUGGUGGAACAAGCUCCCUCACGACGCCAGGACAGCGGAGUCACUCACCACCUUCCGGAGACAUUUGAAACCCCACCUCUUUAAGGAAUACCUGGGAUAGGCUAAAGUAUUCCUUCUAACCCCCCCCCCCCCCCCCAAAUUGUAAAGUGUUAUCCCACUGGCUAUAGGGUGAACGCACCAAUUUGUGAGUCGCUCUGGCUAAGAGCGUCUGCUAAAUGACGUUAAUGUGCCCUUGAGCAAGGCACUUAACCCUAAUUGCUCCUGUAAGUCGCUCUGGUUAAGAGCGUCUGCUAAAUGACUAAAAUGUAAUGUAAAUGUAUAAGUGACUAGCUAAAACAAAAACCGUGCCAAUUGGCUGCCGUAUGUCCACCUUUUAAAUGUCACUGUAAGAGAAUAGGUACGUUGUCAAAAUACCUUAUUUUUUUUACUUGCAAUGUUUUAGCUGUAGACACAUCUAUUUCCAAGUUUAUUCAAAGUGUGGAGAUCUGUGUAUGUGAAUUUGUGUUGCAAACCAACCCCCCAAACCUCAUACUCCCAUUAGUACUUCACAUUGAGGUAAACUGUCAAUACCACUAAAUAAACUCAGUUUACCUCUGCUACAGGUACAAUAAUUUAGAACAGUCUCCCUUGGCCACUUCUAACCAUCUCCCUCCAUCCCUCCCUCUCUCCCUCCCUCUCCACCCACAGGUUCAUGAUGCUGAGCCUAGAGUUCGACCACUCCUGUCGCUACGACUACAUCGAGGUGCGUGAUGGUGACAGCAUCAACUCUCGUGUGAUUGGUCGGUUCUGUGGGAACAACAAGCCUGCUCCAAUCCAGAGCUCUGGCAACUCCCUACACAUCCUGUUUGUAGCCGAUGGCUAUAAGAACUUUGAUGGCUUUUUCGCCACCUUCCAAGAAAGCUCAGGUAGGAACAGUACCUCCCAGAGUAGAUUUAGUACCGAAAGUUGGCAAAUUGAUUAAUAAGAUCUGGGAAUAUAUUGUGGUUUCAAAUAUCCCAUCAUAAGUUGGGAAAGUUGAGAAAAAUACUUGAGCACCCCGGUAGCUACCUGAAUGUUAACUUAUGGCUGUUAUGAUAACUAAGCAGAGCACAACCUUAUCAAACUCAUUCCAGGGAACCCCUGCUUGGCAGCCUAACAGAGAAACCACUUAAGUACCAACUUAACCUGUCACUCAGCUCCUCAUUCAAACCCAAUCACCAUGAACACACACAGUAACACAGUACUCCAAGCCAACUCCACUCAAGACAAAAAAUACAUACUGUAGGCUACUGUACAUUUUGGGGAUGGGUGUUGGAGAGCAGGCAUGAAUUUAAACACCAAAGUAUUUUCUCACCUGUAUACAGUUUAUACAUUUUUUGCCAUAUCCCCAAAAUAAGGAAUCCACUACAAACUUUGAUUAGUGCAGAUGAAGGGAGGGAGUGAGGAAAGCCUGCAAUUAUUUGUAUAUUUUUUAACUACUGUUAUGUAGUCCAUGUAAUGUGUCUAAGCCUCCAUUCUGCUCCUGUGUGUUUUCAGCAUGCAGCUCCUCCCCCUGUCUCCAUGAUGGUACCUGUAUCCUGGACACGUCCUACUCCUACCACUGUGCCUGUCUGGGCGGCUACACUGGUCAGAGGUGUGAGAAUGGUGAGUACACUAAACUUUGGGUCAGACUAUUCACAGAGGUGAUGUGACUUGUGUUACUGGUGUCUGCCAGCUGUAUAGUACAGUUAAAACAAAGACCUCAGACAACAAGCAUGCAGAGUAUCUAUGUUGGAAUUCUCCCAUGACCAUCUCUUCAGAGAGUCCCAUUAGUGUUAACAACAGUGAGUGAGUCACCAUCACUGAUCCUCUAAGUCCCCGGCGGAGCCGGGAAAUGUUUGUUCCCUUGGACUGUCGGCGUGCAGCAGUGAAAACUCAUUUGAAUCUGCUGGGGACUUGCAAACUAUUAAAUGUAUAAGAUGAGACAUGUUCAUUGUUGUCACGGGGAAAGGUCCGAUGGAUACCUUCAUUUGUGAAAAAUGUAUUGAACUUCAUGCAGCUAAAGAAAGGAUUAUUACACUUCAAGAAGAAAUAAAACAUUUGACAAAGCGCCUUGAACUGAAUAAGGAUUCCAUGAGACUAUCAACAUCUUUAAAUGCUUCCUAUGAAAACAACCAAGAGGAUCAUAAUGGGACCUUCCUGGACCAUGAUCACUUUCCGCCACUGAACUCCUCUACUAGCUUGAACCAGAAAAUGGCUGCUCACUGUUGGACUCCAGGUGAGCGUAAAUGGAUGCAUGUCGGAACCAGAAAGAAAGAGAAUAAUUAUUGUCGGCGCGCCUUCCUUCUUUCCCCGCGUCCGGACUUAAGACUUUCAAAUCACUUUGAGCCCCUGUACCAGCUGUCUUCUGCCGGGGGCUUGGGUGUUCCCUCCAUCCUGUCAUAGUCAAUCAACUGCCUGGCCACAGCCUGGACCACCGUGGCCCCCCUCUGCUGGGCCGUGCUCUCUGGAUCAGAGCUCUGUCCCUUUGGCGGUUGUGGCCUGCAUGCAGCCAGCGUCUCAGCAACCCUCUUCUCAGGUGAGUUCUGUGGCUCUGGCCUCGCAAUCUGCUUCGACACACGGCAGAGGCCGGAUCAUUCCGGCGAUUGUGAUAGAGUUCGAUGGUGAGGAACAUAUCUGUACCUGGGGCAAAGACUUUGUGUUUUCCUGGGGCAAAAGUUCAGGAUAUCACCAAGUUGCUUCCCGAGGCUGUGAGUCAGUCUGUCAUGGUUCAUGUGGGGUCAAAUGACAUUAUGAAGGGCAGCUCAGAACAGCUGAAGAUGGAUUUUAAAGAACUGAUUGGGUCUCUACUUGACACCAACAAAUGCCCCAUAAUAUCUUGCCCUCUGCCCUCCCUAAAUCGUGACAUUGAACGGUUCAGCAGACUUUUAGCCCUCCACAACUGGCUACGAGACUAUUGCAGCUCUGUGGGUGUAACAUUUAUUGACAAUUUUGAUACCUUCUGGAAACAAAGCUCAUAUUAUAAGGAGGAUGGGAUCCACCCAAAUAAUUUGGGUUCCUGGAUACUUUCACAGCAUUAUAAGGCUGCGUUGAGACAAUGAGUUAUCAAUGUCCUAAAUCCAGCUCAUUUAAUCCCUACCAUUGUGUCGCUGAGUUGUCAUAAUGUACAUUAUAUAAUAAUAAUAUAAUAAUAUGCCAUUUAGCAGGCGCUUUUAUCCAAAGCGACUUACAGUCAUGUGUGCAUACAUUUUUACGUAUUAUCCUAGGGGCGAUGAAAGACACAAUGUAAAUAACCUCAUUUAUGUCCCUCUUACUGCCCAGAAUGCCUCUGCUGAUCCUACAGCUAUUGUAUGCAGUAAUCAUAUGCCUAUGAACCAGAGUAAUACUGUUAGCACUGAGGUGGUGUGCCCUAGUAGGAAGUCCACUGUGUGCAGCUCACCCUGCACUAAUAAAAAUAACCUGAGUAUGUCUACCUCUGCUAAGCUUCCCAGUAAAGCAGGAAAAAUAAUCAAGCAUCCCAGAAAAGUGUUAAAAAUAGCCCACGUUAACAUAUGUAGCUUAAGAAACAAGGUUCAUGAAAUCAAUAAUUUGCUAGUAACAGAUGACAUUCCUAUUCUGACUAUCUCUGAAACUCACUUAGAUAAUACCUUUGAUGAUACAGUGGUAGCAAUACAAGGUUAUAACAUUUACAGAAAAUACAGAAAUGCCAAUGGGGGCGGUGUUGCGGUCUAUGUUCAGUAUCACAUUGCUGUAAAGCUUAGAGAGGAUCUCGUGUUAAAUACUGUUGAAGUAAUAUGUCUACAGGUUCACCUGCCUCACCUAAAGCCCAUUCUGGUGGGAAGCUGCUAUAGACCACCAAGUGCUAACAGUCAGUGUCUGGAUAACAUGUGUGAAAUGCUUGAUAAUAUAUGUGAUAUCAAUAGAGAGGUAUACUUUAUGGGUGAUUUAAAUAUUGGCUGGCUUUCAUCAGGCUGCCCACUCAUGAGAAAGCUUCAAACUAUAACUAGUACCUGCAACCUGGUUCAGGUUAUCAAUCAACCUACCAGGGUAGUUACAAACAGUACAGUAAUGAAAUCAUCAACAUGUAUUGAUCAUAUCUUUACUAAUGCUGCAGAAAUUUGUUAGAAAGUAGUAUCCAAAUUUAUCAGAUGUAGUGAUCGCAAUAUAGUAGCCAUACAGUGGGGAAAAAAAGCAUUUAGUCAGCCACCAAUUGUGCAAGUUCUCCCACUUAAAAAGAUGAGAGAGGCCUGUAAUUUUCAUCAUAGGUACACGUCAACUAUGACAGACAAAAAGAGAAAAAAAUAUCCAGAAAAUCACGUUGUAGGAUUUUUAAUGAAUUUAUUUGCAAAUUAUGGUGGAAAAUAAGUAUUUGGUCAAUAACAAAAGUUUCUCAAUACUUUGUUAUAUACCCAUUGUUGGCAAUGACACAGGUCAAACGUUUUCUGUAAGUCUUCACAAGGUUUUCACACACUGUUGCUGGUAUUUUGGCCCAUUCCUCCAUGCAGAUCUCCUCUAGAGCCGUGAUGUUUUGGGGCUGUCGCUGGGCAACACGGACUUUCAACUCCCUCCAAAGAUUUUCUAUGGGGUUGAGAUCUGGAGACUGGCUAGGCCACUCCAGGACCUUGAAAUGCUUCUUACGAAGCCACUCCUUCGUUGCCCGGGCGGUGUGUUUGGGAUCAUUGUCAUGCUGAAAGACCCAGCCACGUUUCAUCUUCAAUGCCCUUGCUGAUGGAAGGAGGUUUUCACUCAAAAUCUCACGAUACAUGGCCCCAUUCAUUCUUUCCUAUACACGGAUCAGUCGUCCUGGUCCCUUUGCAGAAAAACAGCCCCAAAGCAUGAUGUUUCCACCCCCAUGCUUCACAGUAGGUAUGGUGUUCUUUGGAUGCAACUCAGCAUUCUUUGUCCUCCAAACACGACGAGUUGAGUUUUUACCAAAAAGUUAUAUUUUGGUUUCAUCUGACCAUAUGACAUUCUCCCAAUCCUCUUCUGGAUCAUCCAAAUGCACUCUAGCAAACUUCAGACGGGCCUGGACAUGUACUGGCUUAAACAGGGGGACAUGUCUGGCACUGCAGGAUUUGAGUCCCUGGCGGCGUAGUGUGUUACUGAUGGUAGGCUUUGUUACUUUGGUCCCAGCUCUCUGCAGGUCAUUCACUAGGUCCCCCCGUGUGGUUCUGGGAUUUUUGCUCACCGUUCUUGUGAUCAUUUUGACCCCACAGGGUGAGAUCUUGCGUGGAGCCCCAGAUCGAGGGAGAUUAUCAGUGGUCUUGUAUGUCUUCCAUUUCCUAAUAUUUGCUCCCACAGUUGAUUUCUUCAAACCAAGCUGCUUACCUAUUGCAGAUUCAGUCUUCCCAGCCUGGUGCAGGUCUACAAUUUUGUUUCUGGUGUCCUUUGACAGCUCUUUGGUCUUGGCCAUAGUGGAGUUUGGAGUGUGACUGUUUGAGGUUGUGGACAGGUGUCUUUUAUACUGAUAACAAGUUCAAACAGGUGCCAUUAAUACAGGUAACGAGUGGAGGACAGAGGAGCCUCUUAAAGAAGAAGUUACAGGUCUGUGAGAGCCAGAAAUCUUGCUUGUUUGUAGGUGACCAAAUACUUAUUUUCCACCAUAAUAUGCAAAUAAAUUCAUAAAAAAUCCUACAAUGUGAUUUUCUGGAUUUUUUUUCUCUCAAUUUGUCUGUCAUAGUUGACGUGUACCUAUGAUGAAAAUUACAGGCCUCUCUCAUCUUUUUAAGUGGGAGAACUUGCACAAUUGGUGGCUGACUAAAUACUUUUUUUCCCCACUUUAUCUAGGAAAACCAAAGUUCCAAAGGCUGUGCCUAAUAUUGUGUAUAGGAGGUCAUAUAAGACGUUUCGUAGUGAUUCCUAUGAUGUUGAUGUGAAGAAUAUUUGUUGGUCCUUGGUGUGUAAAUGACGAGCAACCAGACGCUGCACUUGACACAUUUAUGAAAUUGCUUAUCCCAGUUACUAAUAGGCAUGCACCCAUUAAGAAAAUUACUGUAAAAACUGUUAAAUCCCCAUGGAUUGAUGAGGAAUUGAAAAAUGGUAUGGUUGAGAGGGAUGAGGCAAAAGAGAUGUACAACCAAUUGGCAAACGUACUGCAACUUGAGAAAUCAUGUGACUAAACUGAAUAAAUAUUACAAGAAACUACACUAUGAAACAAAGAUAAAUGACAUAAAGAAUGAUAGUAAAAAGCUUUGGAUCACCUUAAAUGAAAUCUUGGGCAAACUCCGCUCCAUCAUUCAUUGAAUCAGAUGGCUCAUUCAUCACAAAACCCACUGAUGUUGUCAACUACUUUAAUUAUUUUUUCAUUGGCAAUAUUAGCAAACUUAGGCAUGACAUGCCAGCAACAAACCCUGACACUACACAUCCAAGUAUACCUGACCAAAUUAUGAAUUGAAUUGAAUUCCUUAACCCUCCCGUUGUCCUAGGGUCAAAAUGACCCGCCACUGUGUUGAACCAACUUUAUUUAAUUUGUAUAUUUUUUGGGUAAUUUGUGAGAAGGAGGCAGUGAUACUUUCUUUAAAGUCUCACUGCCUCCUUCUCACAAAUUAUCCCAAAAAUAUAAAAAUUAAAUAAAGUUGGUUCAACACAGUGGCGGGUCAUUUUGACCCUAGGACAACGGGAGGGUUAAAGUAAGUGUGGAAGAGUUGAAAAAGUAUUAUUGUCGAUCAACAAUGACAAGCCUGACAACUUCAAUGGAAAAUUACUGAGGAUAAUAGCGGACGAAAUUACCACUCCUAUUUGCUAUAUCUUCAAUUAAGCCUACUAUAAAGUGUGUGCCCUCAGGCCUGGAGGGAAGCACAAGUUAUUCCCCUACCUAAGAAUAGUAAAGCCCCCUUUACUGGCUCAAAUAUCCGACCAAUCAACCUGUUACCAACCCUUAGUAAACUUUUGAAAAAAAUGGUGUUUAACAGAUAAAAUGCUAUUUUACAGUAAACAAAUUGACAACAGACUUUCAGCACGCUUAUAGAGAAGGACAUUCAACAAGCACAGCACUUACACAAAUGACUGAUGAUUGGCUGAGAGAAAUUGAUGAUAAAAAGAUUGUGGGGGCUGUUUUGUUAGACUUCAGUGUGGCUUUUGACAUUUUCGAUCAUAGUCUGUUGCUGGAAAAACAUAUGUGUUAUGGCUUUACACCCCCUGCUAUAUUGUGGAUAAAGAGUUACCUGUCUAACAGAACACAGAGGGUGUUCUUUAAUGGAAACCUCUCCAACAAAAUCCAGGUAGAAUCAGGAAUUCCCCAGGGCAGCUGUCUAGGCCCCUUACUUUUUUCAAUCUUUACUAACGACAUGACACUGACUUUGAGUAAAGCCAGUGUGUCUAUGUAUGCGGAUGACUCAACACUUUACACGUCAGCUACCACAGUGACUGAAAUGACAGCAACACUUAACAAAGAUCUGCAGUUAGUUUCAGAAUGGGUGGCAAGGAAUUAGUUAGUCCUAAAUAUUUCUAAAACUAAAAGCAUUCUAUUUGGGACAAAUCAUUCACUAAACCCUAAACCCCAACUUAAUCUUCUAAUGAAUAAUGUGGAAAUUGAGCAAGUUGAGGAGACUGAAUUGCAUGGAGUAACCCUGGAUUGUAAACUGUCAAGGUCAAAACAUAGCUAGGAUGGGGAGAAGUCUGUCUAUAACAGCACUAUCAACAAGGCAGGUCCUACAGGCCCUAGUUUUGUCGCACCUGGACUACUGUUCAGUUGUGUGGUCAGGUGCCACAAAGAGGGACUUAGGAAAAUUGCAAUUGGCUCAGAACAGAGCAGCACGGCUGGCCCUUGGAUGUACACAGAGAGCUAAUAUUAAUAAUAUGCAUGUCUCCUGGCUCAAAGUGGUGGAGAGAUUGACUUCAUCACUACUUUGACAUGUUGAAUGCACCGAGCUGUCCAUUUGAACUACUGGCACACAGCUCGGACACCCAUGCAUACCCCACAAGACCUGCCACCAGAGGUCUCUUCAUAGUCCCCAAGUCAAGAACAGACUAUGGGAGGCGCACAGUACUACAUUUACGUCAUUUAGCAGACGCUCUUAUCCAGAGCGACUUACAGUUAGUGAGUGCAUACAUUUAUUUUUAUUUUUCAUACUGGCCCCCCGUGGGAAUCGAACCCACAACCCUGCCGUUGCAAACGCCAUGCUCUACCAACUGAGCUACAUCCCUGCCGGCCAUUCCCUCCCCUAUCCUGGACGACGCUGGGCCAAUUGUGCGCCGCCCAUUGGGUCUCCCUGUCGCGGCCGGCUACGACAGAGCCUGAAUUCGAACCAGGAUCUCUAGUGGCACAGCUAGCACUGCGAUGCAGUGCCUUAGACCACUGCGCCACUCGGGAGAGUGGCGCAGUGGUCUAAGGCAUAGAGCCAUGACUACAUGGAACUCUAGUCCACAUCAAGUAACUCAUGCCAGCAGUAAAAUUAGAUUUAAAACACAAAAUACACCUUAUGGAACAGCGGGGACUGUGAAGCAACACAAACAUAGACACAUGCAUACAAACACACAAUAACAUACGCACUAUACACAAAUGUACACAUGGAUUUUGUGUUAUAGAUAUGUGGUAGUAGAGUAGAGGCCUGAGGGUACACACUUAAUAUGUUGUGAAAUCUGUUAUGAAUGUAUUGUAAUGUUUUUUAAAUGUAUAACUACCUUAAUUUUGUUGGACCCCAGGAAGAGUAGCUGCUGCCUUGGCAGCACAUAAUAAAUACAAAUACAAAAUAUCCAUAUUCCCUACUGGUUAUCUCCCUCUCUAGCCCUGGGCAAUCAGCUGCUGGGGGAAACUGUGUCCAAUGUCGACAGAUGGACCAUAAAUUACUAUGACCACCUGACAGAAUUCUGACUUCUUGAAACUACACCUCACCGUCUAAGUUUACUGUAUGAAUGGAUAGUAAACGUCUUCAAGAGAAAGACAGACUGAGAGCGAAUGACGAGAGCGAGAGGGAGAGGCAGAGAGGAAGAGAGAGACAGGGCGAGAGAUAGAGAAUUAUAGAUUUGGGCAAAUGGAAAAUGAGUGAGCAAGACUAAGCUAGGCUAAGCUUCCCUCAGCCCAUCUGAAUGUCACGCCCUGGCUCUGGGGACUCUUUAAUGUUGAGCCAGGGUGUGUAGUGUCUAUGUUGUAUUUUCUAUGUUUCGUUCUAGUUCGUGUUUUCUAUGUUGGCCAGGGUGGUUCCCAAUCAGAGGCAGCUGAUUCUCGUUGUCUCUGAUUGGGAACCAUACUUAGGCAGCCGGUUGGCACUAGUUAUUUGUGGGAUCUUGUUCCGUAAGGUUUGUUUUGGUGUGUUAACCUAGGACUUCACGUAUCGUUUGGUUUGUUGUUUUUUCGUGUGGUGUACUGAAAUAAAAGAUGUACGCAUAUCACGCUGCGCCUUGGUCUGCCUCUUACGACGAUCGUGACACUGAAUCUGGGGCAGUCACCUGCCUGCCAACCAAAUCGUGCCAGGCAGCCCCCUACUUUAUCCUGAGAGGGCUCCAACAGGGCCCUGUAUAGCUGAAGCUCCUUCUGUCCACAGCUACACAACAACCCUGCUUCUUUAUGGCCGUCUGGACUCAGGCCUGGGUUUCCUUACCCACCUUCACACCCCUCCCCUCCACCCCGCCCUCCCACUGUUUACCCUGUGAAAACAGCCUGGCCAAGAGCCUUGUCGUUUUUUCAGGGCUAACCUUUAGUCUAUACAACUAAUGUUGAAACAAACCUGCCUCUAUAAUAUGAGGCAGCUUUUCCAUUGGAUGAGAGGCGCUCAUAAAACGCAUUGGAGAAGUGGAGGGAUGGAAUUUCGUACUUGUUGUUCGUUCAUCUGGUAUUCCCGUGAGGAGGGCUGGACUGCUCGUUUGUGAGGUAGAUUUAGGAUAACACUAAUGUCGUAUACAACCUUUGUCAGAAUAACAUGAUUUCAAGAAAGGAUUCUUUCCUAACUUUCUGUAUAUUUCCGAUGCAGUCUUUAUUUUAGACUAAGAAUAUUGAACCAUAGUUUCCGAGGCGUUGACAGGACUUAGUGGUGAAUUAAUUGUGCUUCUUUAAUCAUAACAUCCUCUGUUAGCAUUCCUUCAUAAUGGCCCUAUGACUCAUCCCAGUAGAGAGAGCCCAGUAGGAGAUAUACUGGUGGAGAGAGAGAGACAGACAGACAGACAGACAGACAGACAGACAGACAGACAGACAGACAGACAGACAGACAGACAGACAGACAGACAGACAGACAGACAGACAGACAGACAGACAGACAGACAGACAGACAGACAGACAGACAGACAGACGGAUGGAUGGACAGACAGAUGGAUGGACAGACAGACAGACACUGGGACGGGAGGACUGGGGUGUGGGCAAACAGAGGAUUUGAUAGGCUCUCAAUUCAACAUCCCUCCACAUUUUAGCUUUUUUUUAAACAUUUUUUAUUUUCAAUGUCUGGAAUUCCAAGCUAAUUCCCCCUGUCCCAUCCCACAUGCGGCUCGACUGAAGGGUGGAAAUGCUGGAAGGCAGGGAGACAGUGAUUAUAGGGAGGGUUCCUCUGAUGGUUUUGGACCACACUUCUGUCAGACCAUGGCCAGAGAGAGGGAGAGAGGCACGGGGCUGGUCCUGCAAUCCUCUGCCCCAAUAGCCACAGUAUGGCCAGAGUGAUAUAGCAUGAACAUAAUACGUUUGUGUAGGUGUGUGUAAGUGUAUGUAGGUGUAUGCAUGUGUUUGUGCAGAUAUGUGUGUGCUUGGUAUUUAGCUUCGUUCCGGAUCAGAGAGAGGGGACCCAAUGGUGAACUACAACUUGAUGAGUGCUAUUUGUGUCAAUCAAAUACUCUGUUUCACAGUCGGGCAUUGUCUGAACAUUUACACACUAUUCCAUUCCACUCGACCAACCCAAGCCACAUGCUACUAACCCACAUCAUAAAAACAACCAGUACCUUGGAAAAUGGAACAGUUUAACUAAAGCAUAUUUUUACUGGGAGUGUUCUAUUUAUUCCUCCGUUACAGACAAUGUGUUAGCAUCCCCAUGUGAGCUGUUCACACUUUUUCCAAGCCUGCUGAAAUUAUCUAUUAAUGAGGCAGUAAGAUGUGGAGGCUAUAUUUAUAAACUUCUAGCUGCUCAAAGAGGUCAUUCUGAGGAGGAAGAAUGGGUUUGUGAGCUGUGAACUGGGUUCGGAGAGCCCUGAAGCUGUAGGUGGCUGUUCAGAAGGAGGUGUGUUAACACCUAAUAUCGCACAGCAGUAAACGCACUGAAGGUUAUGUGAGCAGUAGCUGUGUGGUCUAUUCUGACGAAGUGGGAUGAAGUUGUGUUUAGGGCUGGCAGAAGAUUGUUAGCAUUAUAGUGGACAGAAGACAAAACACUGUAACAAUGUGUUCAGAAUGUGUGAGGAGGGUUGUUUAUAUAUGACUGUGUGUAGCACUACAUUCUGAGGUCUCUCUAAUGUCUUUGUACAUAUGUUUUUGUGUCCUUCCAGUUGUAGGGUGCAGGAGGCCCCCAGUACCUGUCCAUGGCUCCACAGAGGGGGUAUUCCAUCACUCAGGGGCACGAGUCACGUUCCGCUGUGACCCUGGGUUCGAGCUGAGGGGGAUCCGCACCGCCAUCUGCCUCCGGGAUGGCAGCUGGAGCGCACCUGUCCCUCAAUGUGGUAAGAGGCCAGAGAGAAAGAGGCACAGCACAAUGCACAAUUUAGAUGCUUACUGAAAAAUCCAACCUGAUUGACCUUAGUGACCUUGACACUGUAGGUUUGUUUUAUACAAUACCAUUUGAGACAUGUGAACACAACAGCUCCUCUAAGGAAUAAACAUAUUUACAACUCAUCUGCAAAUUCAAUAGCGUCUGACAAUCUGAAUCCCAGCUUCACUGAGCCUACAUGUUAUCUGUGUUCCUCUGCAGUGCCUAUGGUGAAAUUCUGUGCCAUCCCAGCCAAGCCUGUCCAUGGAGACCACUUCCUUGUGUACGGGCCCAAUGACGUCAUCAUAGCCCUACAGUACCUGUGCUACCGGCCCUACAAGCUGAGCGGGACGCACCAGAGGACCUGUUUGCCCAACAACACCUGGAGCGGAACACCCCCCACAUGUGGCAAAGGUUAGGGUCAGAGCAAGGCAUGAUGGGAAUCAGAGUUUGGAGACAGUGGGAACAGGUUUUGAUAGACAUCAAAGGUGGACCUACUAUUAUUAGGAAUUACUAUGUGCUACAUGACCAGGCCUGCGUGAAAUUGAUUAUAUUGUACUAGUAGAAUGUGUGCAACCAUUCAGAACUGUAUAACAACACUUAUUUUCUAUCCAGAAAGUCACUUGUUUUCUCUCUUUUUAUUUACAGUGAAUAAUACACUUGCUGAACCAGGCAAAGACAAAGAAAAUGACAUAGCAAGAGAUACAGAGAAGGACAAAGAAAAGGAUGCAGAAAAAGAGAAAGACACUGACAAAGACAUUGAAAAACCCAAAGACAAAGAGAUAGACAGUAAUACAGGUAUCAAGGAGGACGUGGCUGGUAAAGAUCCAGACACAGGCCUGAGGAACACAACAGUGGACGGUAAAGAUAAAAACAUAGACAUUACUCUGGUGAACAUCCCAGGACGAAGCGAGGAUAAAACAAGUGACAAAGAAAAAGAAACUGGGCUAGAAAAACCUACUGGAGGUACCAAGGAUAAAGUGGACAGUAAAGAAACGGAUGACAUCAUAAACACAGUGGAGGGAGGGAGAGAAAAUUAUGUGGGGAAAACCAACGCGGACACAGAUGGCAGUCCAGAUACUGGGGGAGACACAGACGUGAUACGGGAGAUAGGAAAGACAACAGAGAUCCCUGAGAUAGUGGUGGUGCUGGAGGAUAAAGGACAGGAGGAAGAGGAGAAGAAAGAGGCACCAGUAGAUAACAGCAGUGAUCCAAACAUAGUUGAUCCUAAUGACUUAAAACCAAGGGGAGACACAUUUGCCAUAGAUUACACUGAGUUAAAACCAAGGGGAGACACAUUUGCCAUAGAUUACACAGAGUUAAAACCAAGGGGAGACACAUUUGCCAUAGAUUACACUGAGUUAAAACCAAGGGGAGACACAUUUGCCACUGUUACGGAUGUGUUUGGCACCAAUGACAUAGAGCACGGUAUGAAUACAACAGUGUCUAAAGACAUUGUGAAGAUUAUUAUUCCAACUAGAAGCAACAGCACACAGUUCACCCCAUAUUUAUCAGGAGGUCAGGAAACCGAGAGGCUUGCAGAAAAGCAACGCAAAGAUAUAGGAGCAACUAAAGAUAAAGGCUCAACUAAAAAUAUAGGCUCAACUAAAGAUAUAGGCUCAACUAAAGAUACAAUGGCAAGUACAAGCAAACCUGAAGAAGAAAAUACAGGAAAAGAUUCAGACAAACCAACUAAAGAAGAGUCUGAGGAUGAGAAGAGAGAAAACCAAAGCAUCAAUGGUAAGACUCAGAAUCACCCCAAACACUUCAGGUGCAUGUUGUACAAUACACUGCAUUAUUGAAACAGAUAUUAUAAUGACCCUCAGCAUCUUACAUUUUCUCCUCCACUCUCUCACUCCCUCUCCACCUAUCUAUCUUCCACUCUCCGCCUGCUCUCUUUCCCCUCUUUUCCCUCCGUCUCUCCUUCCAGAGAGGAGCUGUCCCCCUCUCCCACAGCUCUACCACGGGUACCAGCAGGUUGUGCCAGGGCUGGUGCCAGAGACAGUAGAGUUCUUUUGUAACCACUCAAACGCUCUGAGUGGUGACGCCAGACGCACCUGCCAGCCUGGCGGCACCUGGGGGGGCACUCAACCCCUUUGUGUGAGAGGUAGGCACUUACGUGUGUGCGAGUUUGUGUGUGUGUCAAAUCAAAUCAAAUCAAAUCAAAUUUUAUUGGUCACAUGCGCCGAAUACAACAGGUGCAGACAUUACAGUGAAAUGCUUACUUACAGCCCUUAACCAACAGUGCAUUUAUUUUAAACAAAAAAGUAAGAAUAAAACAACAACAAAAAAGUGUUGAGAAAAAAAGAGCAGAAGUAAAAAAUAAAGUGACAGUAGGGAGGCUAUAUAUACAAUAGAAUAAAGUGACAGUAGGGAGGCUAUAUAUACAGGGGGGUACCGUUGCAUAGUCAAUGUGCGGGGGCACCGGCCAGUUGAGGCAGUUGAGGCAAUAUGUACAUGUGGGUAGAGUUAAAGUGACUAUGCAUAAAUACUUAACAGAGUAGCAGCAGCGUAAAAAGGAUGGGGUGGGGGGGCAGUGCAAAUAGUCCGGGUAGCCAUGAUUAGCUGUUCAGGAGUCUUAUGGCUUGGGGGUAGAAGCUGUUGAGAAGUCUUUUGGACCUAGACUUGGCACUCCGGUACCGCUUGCCGUGCGGUAGCAGAGAGAACAGUCUAUGACUAGGGUGACUGGAAUCUUUGACAAUUUUGAGGGCCUUCCUCUGACACCGCCUGGUAUAGAGGUCCUGGAUGGCAGGGAGCUUUGCCCCAGUGAUGUACUGGGCCGUACGCACUACCCUCUGUAGUGCCUUGCGGUCAGAGGCCAAGCAGUUGCCAUACCAGGCGGUGAUGCAACCAGUCAGGAUGCUCUCGAUGGUGCAGCUGUAGAAUUUUUUGAGGAUCUGAGGACCCAUGCCAAAUCUUUUUAGUCUCCUGAGGGGGAAUAGGCUUUGUCGUGCCCUCUUCACGACUGUCUUGGUGUGUUUGGACCAUGAUAGUUCGUUGGUGAUGUGGACACCAAGGAACUUGAAGCUCUCAACCUGUUCCACUACAGCCCCGUCGAUGAGACGUGUGUGUGUGUGUGUGUGUGUGUGUGUGUGUGUGUGUGUGUGUGUGUGUGUGUGUGUGUGUGUGUGUGCCUGCAUUAUCAGCAAGGGACACACUGUAGCACCUGCCAGUUGAGCACUCUCAACCCAACAUUGAGAAUGAAAGCGGCUGCCAGCCUGUAAGUAGGUUUUAAUGGGAACCCUGUGUUUGUCUGCAGCCUGCAGAGAGCCCAAGGUCUCAGAGCUGGUCAAACAGAGAGUUCUGCCUGCACAGGCUCCAUCCAGGUAUGUCUAACGAUGUAUAAUAUAUUAUGUUACAGAGCACACAUAAACAUACACAUUAUAUAGUCUACAUUAAAUGCCAGACGUAAGCAUUAACCAACACUAUACUGUUUAUCCACAUUACCAUUGCAGUCAUGAUAUAUCAAAACCACAUACAUAAAACGUACAGUAUAUGUGCAUAAUCAUAUACCAACAUCAUUGGCACACCACACAAGAGAGACCAUAAACAUUAUGUAUGAACCUCCUUAAUACACACAUCACAGCAGAAGACUUAGCUCUUUUUAGUGUGUGACAGAACCACUUUACCAUGUGAUGCCCACAUAAAAAUGUGGCUGCGGAUCUGACUUUUCCUGGAUCUUUCUUCCCAACAGCUAAAGGUCCCGAAGUUUGUGCAUGUGCAGGAUUCUCUACUUUAGGCACAGUCUCUGCGCUCUACUCGUAGAGAGCGGACUACUCUGGUGAAUGGUGCUCGAUCAAAGCUGAAUCAAUAUCUGCAAGAUCACAUAAUGAUAGUGUUGUACAUAACAGAGCCAAAUAUAAUAGCAUACAGUAGUAUAACGUUACUGUAAGUCAAAAAACACCACCUCAUUUCUAAUGAGAUUUUAGGACGAUUGUGUGAAUGGUCGCAUUUCUCUCUCAUGCGGGCACAACUCAAUAUAUGCAUUGAUUGAAACAAAACACAGGUAGGCUAUGCUACAGUUUGUUAACACUAUCUGCUCUAAAAUUGCAACACUGUACAUAACUAAGAAGAUCAUUCAUAAUUGACAGUGAGAAAUGUGAAGGGAGGGUGACCACACAUUUAUUUUGCGUUAAAUAGAGGUAAAGGAACACAUGCGCAGAACGUGAUACAGAUCUUUCCAGGGGUUCCAGGGGGGCGAGACGGGGGUGGAACGGGGAAGUUACCUGCAGAUCCGCAGCCUCUGCCUAUAAAUUAACAAUUUAAAAACCUAAAAGGACUUAUACACACUGCUAGCCUCUUUAGGUACAUUAUACACUAGUUUGUUUCUGUAAAGGCAUCUCCAUGGACCCCUCUCCUCUCUCCCUCUCAGGAAGACCCCUGUGCAUAAGCUCUACUCUUCCUCUGGGUUUGUGAGGAUGUUCCAGUCCACCAGCCCCACCAAAGGUCCUCCAGUGCUAUCCCAGCUGCCCCAGGGCUUCCACCACCUCUACACUCACAUAGCGUACGAGUGUGCCUCUCCCUUUUACCAACACUCAGGCAGCGCACGCCGCACCUGCCUCAAGACUGGCAAGUGGAGUGGGCGUCAUGUCUCCUGUUCGCCAGGUGAGGGCAGCAGAGCCACAUUACUUGAUGUAUAUCUUACAGUUUUUCUCGAUUGUUUACACACAUUUUCUGAAAGCAUGCCUCAUAUUCUCAGAACUCUACACACAAAACAAAAAACACACACACAAUGGGCAAAACCCCUCAAUUCUCCAGCAAAAUGAAACUUUACAUUCAAAACAAUGUUAUUUCUUAUCAAAAUUGUAUUUUGUUUUCAAAUGACACACACAAACCAUCAUAUGAAUAGACAUUUAUAAGAACCAGUUGAACACUGAUGUGCUCAAUGUAAAACACUAUGAUGAAUGGAAAACAUUUCUUCUCCAUUCAUCAUAAUGACUUAGGCCUUUUUUUGGUUCAGUGUUGCCAUUACUACAGACAGUACAUACAUAAGUGUGUUGUAAAAUAUUUGAGAAUAUUGUUUUUAUACUCAGAACACACAAAUACACGGUAACAAAUAUAUUUCAUUUUUCCCACAAAAACAAUGUACACUGUGUACAUCCCAUUCCCAAUCAACACAAAGUUGCACAUACAGUGGUCUACAUACAAAACAGAAUAAUUGAAUGUAUACAGUUACAGAAAAAAAAAAUAUAUAUAUAUAUGAUGCUGCAUCUUCUCUUCUGUUGCGGUCUGGCCACAGCACCUCACCCACAUCACAAGCAAUGUUUUCCCUGGCCAAGCAGUGGGGGAAAUAUCGCCUAGCAUGGCGAUUCCAGCCAUGAAAAGCAUCAGCUGCUAUAUCUCCACAUGCAUCUUCCAUAGCUUGGAGAAGAGGUAUACGCGUUUGUGGAUUUCGGUCAUACACUUUCCAUCUCCAGGCAGAAAAAAAUUGGAGAAUAUGGAGGGAGAUAAACAACUAAAAAGCGUGGGUGGGCAGUGAACCAGUUACGAACCAGAGCAGCCCUGUGGAAACUUACGUUGUCCCAAAUGACAACGUACCUGAGCUGCUCUGGGCCAUCUACCUGAUCUGGUGGAAUGAGUGUGUUGUGUAGGGUGUCCAGGAAUGUAAUCAGAUGGGCCGUGUUGUAGGGGCCAAGGGUAGCAUGGUGAUGGAUGAUGCCGUGGUGGGUAAUCGCUGCACACAUUGUGAUGUUCCCUCCGCGCUGGCCAGGGACUUGAACAAUGGCACGCUGGCCGAUAUUCCUUCCCCUCUUUCGUCUUUUUGUGAGGUUGAAUCCAACCUCAUCAAUGAAGAUGAACUGGUGCUCCACUGCAGCCACCUCUAGCUCAAGUACUCUCUGAAACACACAUGACAAUAUCAGAAAUAGACAUGGAGUGGUCACUAUUGUGAAGCACAAUCAUUAUGAUUACAAUACUGAAAUAUGUAUAAUUUAUACAGUGUUGAGAGUAUGUAUCAAUUGUGGGAUUGUAUAGGACUCACUUGCACAUAAUUAUAUCGCAAUUCUUUGACUCUUUCUGAAUUGCGUUCAAAUGGCACCCUGUAGACCUGCUUCAUCCUGAGAUUAUUUCUGCGCAAGACACGGUCCAGUGUUGAUAAACUUACCCUAUCAAUAUUUUGAAAUAUCUCAUUGUUUUCUAUUAUUUUUCUUUGUAUUUGCCGUAAUGUUAUGGCGUUAUUUUCUAGGACCAUGUUCAUGAUUUCAGUUUCCUGUUCAGGAGACAGAACACGUUCCCGACCACCUUGUGUUGGUAAUCUUUCAGUUCUGCCAAACAAAGAGUAAAAUGCUGUAAAUACAAAGUAGAAAUACAUUUCCCAAAUACUUGAAACAUACUUUAUUUUUACAGUCCUACAGAACACUCCACAGGCAAUACUGUACUACUGUACUCAUUGAGUACUGUAUUGAUAUGCAGUACUGCAAUUUUCUAGUGAGAGUAGAUUUCUUACCUAUUCUCAUUUCGGAAUGUCCGGAUGAUGGAUGCUACAGUGUACCUGCUCAAAUUUGGCUGUACUCUUUGCCCAGCCUCCCUCAUUGUUAGACCAUGGUUGACCACAUGAUCAACCAAAGUGGCUCGGAUCUCAUCAGAGAUUACGGUCCUUGGCCUUCCUCAUCCUCGUCCUUGUCCUUGUCCUCCCUGUCCUCCUCCUCUUACUCUCACUCCUCUGGCUCUGGCCUCUGUUUCCAAUGUUGGCAUCCAUUGCUCCAAAACAGAAGAGCUUACCUGUUGCCCUUUUAUGCUAAAGCUCUGAUUGUUAAUUGUAAAACUUUGUGACGGGUGUUUGCCCAUGUGAUGAGUCAGUGUGCAUAUUUGAAUGGCAGUGUGUUCAUUAUGAAAACAAUAUAUUUUCUGCAUGAAAAUUGUGCCAAAUGCAAAGAUUUGUGUGUAGUGUUUUGAAAAAAGUGUAAAGCAGGAAUUGUGCUUGUAGUUUAGCAGAAUUGGUUCAGGGGGUUGGUGCAUGAGUUACAUGUUGUGGUCAUUCAAUCAAUCAAUCAAUCAAUUUUAUUUUAUAUAGCCCUUCUUACAUCAGCUAAUAUCUCGAAGUGCUGUAAGAAACCCAGCCCUUUAAAAACCCCAAACAGCUAGAAUGCAGUGUGUAGAAGCAAGGUGGCUAGGAAAAACUCCCUAGAAAGGCAAAACUAGGAAGAAAACCUAGAGAGGAACCAGGUAUGAGGGGUGGCCAGUCCUUUCUGGCUGUGCCGGUGGAGAUUAUAACAGAACCAUGCCAAGAUGUUCACAAAUGUUCAUAAGUGACAGCAUGGGUCAAAUAAUAAUCAGGAAUAAAUCUCAGGUUUGGCUUUUCAUAGCCGAUCAUAGAGUUUUAAAACAGCAGGUCUGGGACAGGUAGGGGUUCCAUAACCGCAGGCAGAACAGUUUUAAACUGGAAUAGCAGCAAGGCCAGGCGGACUGGGGACAGCAAGGAGUCACCACGGCCGGUAGUCCCGACGUAUGGUCCUAGGGCUCAGGUCUCUCAGUUGGCUUUUCAUAGCCGAUCAUUUAGAGUUGAAAACAGCAGGUCUGGGACAGGUAGGGGUUUCGUAGCCGCAGGCAGAACAGUUGAAACUGGAAUAGCAGCAAGGCCAGGCGGACUGGGGACAGCAAGGUGUCAUCAUGCCCGGUAGUCCUGACGUAUGGUCCUAGGGCUCAGGUUCUCAGAGAGAAAGAGAGAGCGAGAGAAUUAGAGAGAGCAUACUUAAAUUCACACAGGACACUGGAUAAGACAGGAGAAGUACUCCAGGUAUAACCAACUAACCCCAGCCCCCCGACACAUAAACUACUGCAGCAUAAAUACUGGAGGCUGAGACAGGAGCGGUCCGGAGACACUGUGGCCCCAUCCGAAGAAACCCCCGGACAGGGCCAAACAGGAAGGAUAUAACCCCACCCACUCCGCCAAAGCACAGCCCCCGCACCACUAGAGGGAUAUCCCCAACCACCAACUUACAAUCCUGAGACAAGGCCGAGUAUAGCCCACAGAGGUCUCCACCACAGCACAAACCAAGGGGGGGGCGCCAACCCAGACAGGAAGAUCACGUCAGUAACUCAACCCACUCAAGUGACGCACCCCUCCCAGGGACGGCAUGAAAGAGCACCAGCAAGCCAGUGACUCAGCCCCUGCAACAGGGUUAGAGGCAGAGAACCCCAGUGGAGAGGGGAACCGGCCCGGCAGAGACAGCAAGGGCUGUUCGUUGCUCCAGCCUUUCCGUUCACCUUCACACUCCUGGGCCAGACUACACUCAAUCAUAUGACCUACUGAAGAGAUAAGUCUUCAGUAAAGACUUAAAGGUUGAGACCGAGUCUGCGUCUCUCACAUGGGUAGGCAGACUGUUCCAUAAAAAUGGAGAUCUAUAGGAGAAAGCCCUGCCUCCCGCUGUUUGCUUAGAAAUUCUAGGGACAAUUAGGAGGCCUGCGUCUUGUGACCGUAGCGUACGUAUUGGUAUGUACGGCAGGACCAACUCGGAAAGAUAGGUAGGAGCAAGCCCAUGUAACGCUUUAUAGGUUAACAGUAAAACCUUGAAAUCAGCCCUUGCCUUAACAGGAAGCCAGUGUAGGGAAGCUAGCACUGGAGUAAUAUGAUCAAAUUUCUUGGUUCUAGUCAGGAUUCUAGCAGCCGUAUUUAGCACUAACUGAAGUUUAUUUAGUGCUUUAUCCGGGUAGCCGGAAAAUAGAGCAUUGCAGUAGUCUAAUCUAGAAGUAACAAAUGCAUGGAUUAAUUUUUCUGCAUCAUUUUUGGACAGAAAAUUUCUGAUUUUUGCAAUGUUACGUAGAUGGAAAAAAGCUGUCCUUGAAACAGUCUUGAUAUGUUCGUCAAAAGAGAGAUCAGGGUCAAGAGUAACGCCUAGGUCCUUCACAGUUUUAUUUGAGACGACUUUACAACCAUCAAGAUGAAUUGUCAGAUUUAACAGAAGAUCUUUGUGUCUCAAGUACCAGUAUUUGUGUGUAAACAAUUGAGAAAAAUUGUAAUAUAAGGAAAGGUUUGUCUUGCCACCUAGGCAUGCUAGAAUUGCACUUUCAAACCACACUUAGACAUUAAGCAAUCAAGAAAAUUGUGCUGAAAAUGUACUAUUCCAGGGUGGGUGUGAUGUGGAAUAAGGUUUUCACACAGUAUCAAAUGUUGUUUUAUCAAUGUCUUCCUUCUCCUUCUUUCCCACCCUUCUCCUCCCCGACCACACUUUCCUCUCCUCCACCCUUGUCUCUCCAUCCUUCUCUUUUCCCAGUGUGUGGGAAGCACCCCACCUUUGACCCCCAGAGCCCGGCAGAGUCCCACUGGCCCUGGCUAGCCGCCAUCUACCGACGCCCCACCAACGGAGCAGGGACCAAGCUGGACAAGAAGGCCAGCCUUGCUGGGUCACUAAAGAAGGAGGCUGGAGCUGGAUCAGGUGCUGGGGCUAGAUCCAAGGGGCAGGACGAGGCCUCAGGCUGGCAGCUGGUGUGUAGCGGGGCCCUGGUGAACCAGCGGAGUGUGGUGUUGGCAGCCCACUGUGUGACUGAGCUGGGGAAGCUGUACCCACUGGAUGCAGCCACGGUCAAGGUGGUGAUGGGAAAACACUACCGCAGUGACCUCAGAGAGACCAAGGGCUUGCAGCAUCUCAGGGUAAGAGCGGGGAUGGAGAGGGCUGAAGGGUGGGGAGUAGAGAGUGAGAGCUGUUUUGGAGAGGGCUAAAUGGGUUGGUGGGUGGGGGGUGGGGAGUGAGAGGGGGUUUGGAGAGGGCUUACUGGGUUGGUGGGUGGGGGUGGGGAGUAAGAGGGGGUUUGGAGGGCUAACUGGAUUGGUGGGUAGGGAGUGGGUAGUGAGGGAGGAUUUGAAGAGGGCUAACUGUGUUGGUGGGUGGGGGGUGGGGACUGAGAGUGGGUUUGGAGAGGGCUAACUGGGUUGGUGGGUGGGGGGUAGGGAGUGAGAGGGGGUUUGGAGACGGAUAACUGGGUUGGUGGGUGGGAGUGAGAGGGGAUUUGGAGGGCUAACUGGGUUGGUGGGUGGGGGUGGGGAGUGAGAGAGGGUUUGGAGAGGGCUAACUGGGUUGGUCAGUGGGGGGUGGGGAGUGAGAGCCAGUUUGGAGAGGGCUAACUGAGUUAGUUGUUCGGGUGUGGGGGGUGAGAGGGAGUUUGGAGAGAGCUAACUGGGUUGGUCAGUGGGGGGUGGGGAGUGAGAGGUGGUUUGGAGAGGGCUAACUGGGUUGGUCGGUUGGGGGUGGGGAGUGAGAGGGGGUUUGGAGAAUGCUAACUGGGUAGGUGGUUGGGUGGUUGGGGAGUAGGGAAUGAGGGAAUGAGGGGGUUAUAGUAUAUAGCCUAGAGGAGACCACCUGUACUCAGCCACACUGCAAUGAUUAGACUGAAAUAUAACUAUGGUGUACAGUUCAUCACACAUGAUGUUACACACUCUAUAGGUACAUUUUCAAGCCUUAUGGGAUGGUAAAAGCUCAAGGUCUACGUCUAUAUAAUACCAAUGGCUGGGUGGUUUUGAACCUGUGUCCAAUUAAAAUGUAUGCUUUCACAAACAUGACAUCAUGUCUACUACAUCUAGCCAUGUAAAACAGCCCCAUGUUUGUUUACGUUCAAUCGUUGAAUAGGUGCCAGAAAGUUACUUUGACCGUAAGUAAACACCAAUGUGGUUGUGCGACAUGGCUAGUCUGGAUCUAACCAACAUAUACAGUAGCGUAUUGCCAUUUUGCAGUGUAUUGUAAAUAAUAUGGUGUAAUGGUACAUUAUGCACUUUAUAAAGGGCUGUCAAUUAAUAUAUGCUACAUGACAAAAAGUAUGUGGACACCUGCUCAUUGAACAUCUCAUUCCAAACUCAUAGGCAUUAAUAUGGAGUUGGUCCCACCUUUGCUUCUAUAACAGCCUCCACUCUUCUGGGAAGGCUUUCCACUAGAUGUUGGAACAUAGGAACAUUUCUGUAUGGACCUCGCUUUGUGCACGGGGAUGUUGUCAUGCUGAAACAGGAAAGGGCCUUCCCCAAACUGUUGCCACAAAGUUGGAAGCACAGAAUCGUCUAGAAUGUCAUUGUAUGCUGUAGUGUUGAGAUUAAUUAUUAUUAUUAUAUUAUAUUAUUAUUAUUAUUUCCUUUCACUGGAACUAAGGGCCUAGCCCGAACCAUGAAAAACAGCCCCAGACCAUUAUUCCUCCUCUACCAAACUUUACAGUUGGCACUAUGCAUUGGGGCAUGUAGCGUUUUCCUGGCAUCCGCCAAACCCAGAUUCAUCCGUCAGACUGCCAGAUGGUGAAGCAUGAUUCAUCACUCCAGAGAACACGUUUCCACUGCUCCAAUCCAAUGGCGGAGAGCUUUACACCACUCCCGCUGACACUUGACAUUACGCAUGGUGAUCUUAGGCUUGUGUGCGGCUGCUCAGCCAUGGAAACCCAUUUCAUGAAGCUCCCGACGAACAGUUAUUGUGCUGAUGUUGCUUCCAGAGGCAGUUUGGAACUCGUAAGUGUUACAACCGAGAACAGAUGAUUUUUACCCGCUACACGAUUCAGCACUCACGGUACCGUUCUGUGAGCUUGUGUGGCCUACCACUUCGCGACUGAGCCGUUGUUGCGCCUAGACGUUUCCACUACACAAUAACAGCACUUACAGUUGACCGGGGCAGCUUUAGCAGGGCAGAAAUUUGACGAACUGACUUGUUGGAAAGGUGGCAUACUAUGACAGUGCCACGUUGAAAGUCACUGAGCUCUUCAGUAAGGCCAUUCUACUGUCAAUGUUUGUCUAUGGAGAUUGCAUGGCGGUGUGCUCGAUUUGAUACAUCUGUCAGCAACAGAUGUGGCUGAAAUAGCUAAAUCCACUCAUUUGAAGGGGUGCCCACAUACUUUUGUGUGAGUGAGUUGCCAGGUAACAAGCACAGCCAUCCCACUGACAGCCUAGCUGUCACCCUGCUGUUAGGUUUGGCACAGGGUCUCUCUUCUGUCUACAGCUUUUCUUUUUUUGACACCCCCUUUCUUUCUCUAUUCUUUCUCUUACCAUCCCUCCUCUCUAUCUCUGAAAAUUCCUUCUUCAUUCUGACCAUCCCUUCGCUCACUGACCAUCCCUUCUUUCUCUGACCAGUCUAUUUUCUCUCUCUCCCUGAUGAUCGUUCCUUUCUGUCUCUCUACCCAUCCCUCCUCUUCUCCUUCAGGUGGCCUCCAUCUCUAUCCACCCCAACUACGACCCCCUGGUUCUUGACUCAGACCUGGCAGUAAUCAAGCUGCUGGACAAGGUUCGUAUCGGGGAGAAGGUCCUGCCCCUCUGCCUACCUGACACCCAGGGGGGAGAGGUGACCUCCAGAGAAGGGUUGGUGAUGGGCUGGGCCCCCCUGCCGGACCCCCGGAUUGGGGAAGAGGAGCAGGCCAGGGUGGGUGUGCAGCACCUGGCCGACGUGGUGCCCUGUGAGCAGCAGUACGCCCGUAAAGGGAUGCCCGUGAGUGUCACGGACAACAUGCUCUGUGGCCGCCAGCGACCCGACUACAGCCCGUCUAACAUCUGUCCCGCGGACACAGGAGGUAUCCUGAUCCUUCCUGCCCAGACAGGCUCCGCCCAGGACCCCUCUCUUGCCUCUCCAGCGAGGCGGGACAAGUCCAAAGGGGAGUGGCGGCUGCUGGGGUUGGUGAGUUUCGGCUAUGACCAGGGAGAGUGUGACCCGGACCUGUUUACUGUGUACACACAUGUGGCCAACUUCAAAGACUGGAUAGAGAGCCAUAUGAAGUGACAUCACCAGGAUGUGACUCGCCUUGUAUCUCUCUUUUCCUCCCUCUCUUCAACCAACUACCCCCUCUUUUUCUUCAUCAUUAUUUCCCCUCUUACUUUUAUUUGCCAACGUCUUUCUCCAUUCUCCCUCCUUCCUCCUCCCAUCUACCUUCUUCUUGUCAUACCCAGGCAGGGAGUGUGGUCAGUAAAGAUCAGAGUAACACUGGACUGCACAGUGCUCUGAGCUGACUUUAGGAGGCCCUAACACAAACUGAUCAGGUAAAGC